AUUUUAGUUACGAAUCCAACAUUCAUCGUGAAUCCGCUCUGCUCCUCCGUGGAUUCACGGGUGGGUUCCGCUCCUCCCCGUCCUUCCCAGUCUACGCUCACCCUGAGAUCGCCGGUCGCCUGUCGCCUGUCGCCUGUCGUCAGUCGCCUCCAAUCAUCGUAGGGAUCGACCUUCCUUGCUUCCUAUUCACCCCAGAAAUGGCUCUUCCCCCCCUCGCCUGCCGAUCGGCGAUCUCAGCUGUAGCCGCUUCGCUACUGAUCGCGUGUCUGCUGACCUUAGCAGCGGGAUCGGCUCAAGCAGCCAACGCAGUGGCUCUGGAGGGUGGUACCGUAGUGGACGGCUAUGUGCGGCUAGAUGCGUUGAAGAUCAAAUCGACGGCUGUGAAGAUCCUGAUCAACGGCGGUGAUUCAGUGGCGUUUGUGCGAUCCAACGGAUACUUCUCCAUCAAUUUAUCUCCAGGCACUCACACGCUGCAGGUGACCGCCCCUGGCGCUUUCUUCCUCCCGGUCAUGCUGCAAAUCAGUGCGAAGCAUGCAGGAAACUUCCGAGCUGUGGUGAUCCGAGAGCAAGGGCCGGCAAGCCUGUCGAUCGACCCCCUCAUCAUCUCGCCCUUCGCGGCUGAAGAGUACUUUGAGAAGCGCGAACCGUUCACCAUAUGGACGCUACUGAAGAACCCCAUGGGCAUCAUGAUCUGCCUCAUGCUUGUCGUCAUGGUCAUCCUCCCCCGCCUCGCCGACUCCAUAGACCCGGAGGAGAUGAAGCAGAUGCAGGAGCAGAUGCAGCAGCAGCAGGUGCCGUCGCUGUCAGGCCUCUUGAGUGGCAACCGAUAGUAGUAGUGCCCACUGCACAAUUGAGCAACCAGUAAUGGUGUUGUGACGACAGGCAACUGUGACGUCUCCCUCGGAUCUGCCAGACGGCCAAACUGCUGUCAAACCAAAUUCCAGAGGACAUUCGUAAGAAUUCACAUGCUAAGGGCGUAUCCCUACCGUCCAGGAUCAGGAUCAGGAGAGCUGAUCCUGGCGGGCAACCUAUAACGCCAGGAUCAGCUCAGGCUUGUAGCCACGUCACGUCGCGCAUGUGUCUGCCGAUAGGAUAUUGGCAUAGGCCCAUUCAGUAAAAGGGAAUUCGAUUGCUAAUGUUUCCGCGUGGAGUCGCACAUGCUGGAGCCGACGAACCGUAUCGCACGGCACUUCCACAGCAGGGUUUCAGCUAGGAUUUAGGGCUGUCCGAAAAUCAGACGGGGUUCCAAGAUUUGGUCUGACCAUCUGAUGAAAAUUUUCGAGACAGAUUUCAGACGAUUUUUUUACGCGAGUCUGAACAUUCAGAUGGAAAAUUUGCCGCAAGAAACUUCACCACUUGCAAUUUAGACUUCGUUUUUUCUGUUUCCUUAAUUCCAGUUGAGAGCCUGUUCCUACGAACGUCUUCCCAGACUUGGACCUGUCAACUUAUAUAUGCACUUGCGUGUAGGCUAGAAUAGGUGUGUGUUCUUAGAGAGUACCGUAAUCCCCCGUAUAUAACUGUUCAAAUUAUAUAAGUUAUAAUUUAAUAUAGGCUUGGUUAGGGGGUGUGGGUGUGUGUGGGCAUGUGACUACCAAGCCUAGGGGGUGUGUUAAUUAUAUAAGUUAUAAUUUAAUAUAGGCUUGGUAGGUUGUUACUGAACCUUU